GGGCCGGGCGGUGCGCGGGGCCUCCAUCUCCUCCAUCUUAGUGCACAAAGGAGCGGCCGGGCGGACGGACGGGGCUGUGCGGCACCACAACUAUUGCAGUGCCAUCAUUCUGGGGGCAGGAAGGAUGCUGUGGAAGGAUUUCUAAUCAUUUCACCCUCCUUACAAGAAAAUUGCUGCCUAGAGCUUAGUUUUGUGCUUGAAAAGCUGCAUCAUUUCCUGACAGAGCUGCCACAUCAUGCUCCUUGAAGAGGAGAACGUGCUGGUUUCACUCUUGUGUGACUUUUUGGCUUAUCUUCGAAUAGUGAAAGUGACUGACGGUGCUGAUUCACUGCCCACUAUCAUGUGCUGAUAAAGACGUGCAUAGUGCUGCUUCUCCUGAUACAAAUGCAUCUGCAGCCUGCACAAAUACAGUCCACUUCUGCUGCAGUGCUCUAUGAGCAAGCCCGGCUGUUCCUGAACCAAACACACCUAAGGCCGAAAACAUGCAAGAACUGGAAAACAGCAGGUAGUGUAAGAACGAAGCGUGGGGAGAAGCCACCCAAGCAGUGAACUUCCUGCUCUUCCUCAUUUGUUCUUCUCCCCUACACACAUGGACUGCAGAUGCAAACUGUGUCUCUUAGGCCUCCUCCUGGAUGACCAAUGUCUGCUUUAACCCAUUAUAUUGGAAUUUAACUCUUCAACUUCCAUUUGUUCCUGCUGGCGGCAGCACAUAUAAUGCAAGCAAUCACAGUUCAGGACCACACAAACAUUGCUCUUAAAACUUCCUAGAUGAUUGUAGUUGCUUUCCUUGUGUUCUAUGCUAGCAGAAGCCUUUUCCAAGGUUUGCUGUUGACUCUAGAGCACCACGUUCCCCGCUUGCUGGGAGCUCUGGGGGCUGGCACGAUGGGGAACUCAUGUGUUUGCCGUGAUGACAGCGGAGCAGAAGACAACUUGGAGUCUCAGCAUCGACACACAGAGAGCAGUAGGGUACGUGCGCCUGAUGGAAGAAGCCACCCAAGGGACCCUGUCCGACCACCGAGGAGGGGGAGAGGGCCUCAUGAACCGAGAAGGAAAAAACAGAAUGUGGAUGGGCUAGUACUUGACACACUGGCUGUAAUUCGGACGUUAGUAGAUAACGACCAGGAGCCUCCUUAUUCAAUGAUCACGUUGCAUGAAAUGGCAGAAACAGAUGAAGGUUGGCUGGAAGUUGUCCAGUCUUUGAUUAGAGUUAUUCCACUAGAGGAUCCGCUGGGACCGGCCGUCAUAACGCUACUCCUUGAUGAAUGCCCACUGCCAACUAAAGAUGCGUUACAAAAGUUAACUGAAAUAUUAAACUUAAGUGGAGCUGCUGCUUGCCAGGACGCUUGCCACCCUGCUAAACAUCGGAAUACAACUGCAGUGCUGGGCUGUUUAGCUGAGAAGUUAGCAGGUCCUGCAAGUAUAGGCUUACUCAGCCCAGGCAUAUUGGAAUAUUUACUUCACAGCUUGAAUUUCCAGUCCCAUCCGACGGUGAUGCUUUUUGCACUAAUAGCACUGGAGAAGUUUGCACAAACAAGUGAAAAUAAAAUGACAGUUUCCGAAUCCCGCAUUAGUGACCAACUGGUCUUGCUGGAGAAAUGGACAGAUCAUCCAGACUAUUUGAAACGCCAGGUUGGAUUCUGUGCCCAGUGGAGUUUAGACAAUCUGUUUUUAAAAGAAGGCAGGCAGUUUACGUACGAGAAGGUUGACUUGACCAACAUCAGGGCUAUGCUGAACAGCAACGAUGUCAGUGAAUACCUGAAGAUAUCACCACAUGGAUUAGAGGCUCGAUGCGAUGCCUCGUCUUUUGAAAGCGUCAGAUGUACGUUCUGCGUUGAUUCUGGAGUUUGGUAUUAUGAAGUUACAGUAAUUACUUCGGGAGUGAUGCAAAUAGGAUGGGCUACCAAAGACAGUAAAUUUCUCAAUCAUGAAGGUUAUGGCAUUGGAGAUGAUGAGUAUUCCUGUGCGUACGAUGGCUGCCGGCAGCUGAUUUGGUAUAAUGCCAGAAGUAAACCACAUUCCCAUCCCUGCUGGAAAGAAGGAGACACAAUAGGAUUUCUACUAGACUUGCAAGAAAAGCAAAUGAUCUUCUAUUUGAAUGGAAACCAGCUGCCUGCUGAGAAGCAAGUCUUUUCAUCGGCUGUAUCUGGCUUUUUUGCUGCAGCGAGUUUCAUGUCUUACCAACAGUGCGAGUUCAACUUUGGGGCAAAACCUUUCAAAUACCCACCACCAAUGAAAUUUAGUACCUUCAACGAUUAUGCCUUCCUGACAGCAGAGGAGAAGAUCAUUUUGCCAAGACACAGGCGCCUGGCUUUGCUGAAGCAAGUGAGCAUCAGGGAGAACUGCUGCACGCUUUGCUGUGAUGAGGUAGCAGACACAGAACUCAGGCCGUGUGGACACAGUGACCUGUGCAUGGAGUGUGCCUUGCAACUGGAGACCUGCCCUUUGUGUCGACAGGAAAUACAGACCCGAGUCAGACAGAUUUCUCACAUUUCAUGACACACGUGAAGUACUACAGACUUGUUUUUAAUGAACUCCAACCAAUACAGAAAGGGGAAAGCAUCUCUAACCAAUCUUUACGCACAUAGAACCGUAGCCAUGGCCAGAUUUCAUGCUAAACUGUAAGCUGAUUAUCUUAAAAACAAAUGAAAUCCUUAAUAAGCUAUUUCAGGUUGCCAGCAGCGGGAACUGGUUUCAACAGUAAGGAAAGCUGGUAGUUUGGUGUGUUAUGGCUAUUGGUUCCUCCAAGCAAGAGCAUAGGAGAGCGUCUCUCUUCCUCCCCUUUUCCUUCUCGCCUGUCUCAAGUGCUGAAAAAAUUUGCACUGGAAGCACACAUACAAUGCAUUUCAGAAAGGAAAUAUCUCCUCAAGCAGGGCCGUUCUGUCUCGUGCUCCAAAGUCUCUCUUUUGGGCAGAAGUCAGUGCUAAGAAUGAGCGCCAUUGUUUCUUGUUCAAUGUAGCCUCCUGCUGGUCAGAGACUAUUAUCUUCCAACAGUGGAUAUCCAACUGCUCCAAGACUUGAGCUGAACACAGACUGAUCUGAAAGGACGGUGUGGAGACCGUAGAGCAAUUCACGUUUUAAUAACUCGAUGAUUCCAAAGAAAAUUCAGAUUUGUUUUUAACUGCUUGAAGAUCAGUGGUAUUUUCAAGUACAUAACGUUUCUGAUGCUUUUAACUUCAAUAUCCACCAUUGUUUCUUUUUUUUUUGUGAGGAUAUAAUUUUUGUGAGGUAUUCUUAACUAAUUAUAACAGCGGACUGGAAUUAAUUUGAUAUUCUGGGUAUUUUUUAAGGUAUCUGCAAACAUCUUUUUUUAAUUAGUGUCAUUUUGGAAGGUUGUGUUCACUUUGGAACAUAUUGAGCUAACUUAAAAGCGUAGAGAAGAAUUCUGGGCCAGUGUAUUUGAAGGGGGGGGGAAAUGUUACUUGGAUAACAAGUUUGGUCUUAUUCUGUAACUCGUUAGAAACGCACCUUGCUUGCUGUGUGUCAGUCCUGCUCUGAGCAGGUUUGGGGCCACACUUUGUAUUAUUGGUAGGGAUCACACAGGGGGGAAAUGUCUGCUCCACUUGAGUUACAUGUUUGUGAUGUUUCUAUGUUGAGGAUGUGUUUCGGCAGCAGCUUUUGACCCACUUAGUUUGGUUUCUACAAGGAAUCAGGGUUCAGUUGGUGAAGUAGCACAAAAGUCAAUGGAGUUCUGCUUAUUUUGCACCCAGGCUGUAGAACUCUCUCUUCCAAGAAUCGUACAGGUUGCUUUUAUUAAAUGAUUGGGCUAUAUAGUAGAACUCUAUUAAUUGGUACCUUAUUUACACCAUCACCAUCCCACUUCUUGGCAGCGGUUCAGUAGAGGAGACUGUCGUAGCAAAUCUCAUGCUGUGAGCUGUUUUAUUCUCCAAGUCUUUUACCAUCUUUGUUAGGAGAGCUGAGAUGUAUUCCUCACGCUGAGUACUUUUGCUUCCUGCUGACCAAGGAGCGGAGAGCACUGCACACAGGUCCCAGAAUCGAGCUGUCUGGCUGUUCCUCUCACAUUCUGCCUUCCAUAACUCAAAGGUGCUGAGUCUAAUCCAGAGGAGGAGAUGGGGGGGUACAGGGGAAAUGUCCCUCUGAGCCUCACGUAAAAGCGGUUCCCUAGGAAAGUUCUGUGCAUCGUUUUCUCGUUGAGCUUUUUUCCCCAACUACAGACUGUAUCAGGAGUGGAGCGAGGGUUGUUCUUGCUGAAAUGUGAAUUCUCUUCCAGCUGUUGUGAUGAAGGUCAGGAUGGCAAAUAGGUGCCUGGGGCACCUCGUAUCCUCACGGACUGUACUGUGCAAAGUUCAGGUAUUCUCUACUUUGCCAUUCUGCUUUUCAGAAUCUUUAGAGAUGAAAUUCCAGAUGCUUCCAAAUGCAGCAAUAGGCACAAAGAUACAAAGCAAAGCGUGCUGUAGAGGAAGGAGUGGGACAGAACCGCUUCGCACUCUGCCUUAAUAGAUGCAGCUUUGGGUUCCUUGGCCAGGAUUAACUGAGAUAUAACUCCCAUGUGCCUGGGGAUCCUGCUCAGUACCAAGUGCUGUAUGAGAGAGGCCCACAGAGCUGUAUGGGUGUCCAACUGAAACACAGGGCUCCAAAUAGCCCAGGUGUCUUUGUGGACAUGGCUCUGGGUGCCUGCGUGCUGUCUGGACAGGGAGACCCGAGUGCUUUGCUGUGCAGAGGGGCCGGCUGUGUUGCAGAGCACUGUGCUGUUAUUUCACGUAUGGAAAAGGCUGUAGAUGGGGCUGGGUUUCUGCUGGCAUCCGCCAUAGGGGGCUGUCCUGCUGUGGGGCUCUGAGGGGUGGGAAACCCAAGAAGGGGGAGAAAUGGAGCGUGGCACAGUCGUCUGUUCGGAAAUAAAACGUCUUGAAGAGUG